CGCACCUCCGCCUCUGGACGGUGUGCCGGACGGGACGCUGCAGGUCUGGGACCCCGGUCAGUGGGCUGGGGCUGCUGCGCUUGCCGCGGCGGCGCCAUCUUGCGCAACCGUCCGGGGUCUGGGGUGGGGUCUCCUAUGCCACUUUUCCUGAGCGUAGCGGGGAACAGGGACGGCUGGCUGCGGCCGCGGGCUCCUGUCACCUCAGUCUGCUGGGGUGGGUGGCUGCUGGAGAAGCGGUGGACCGUCCCUAAGAACCGUGGGCGGUCUCGGGGCGCCCCGGCUUUCCUUGGCUUGGUCCGAGGGCUGCAGAGGACUCCUAUGCCACAGGGUCCCAAACUGGCCAGGUCUCCUCUGGCUGCCUGGACAUCCAUGCUGGUCUUUAGGGGCGGGGUUUGUUUUGCCGCAGUGGUGGUGGGAGGGGCCAAGGGCCUUGAGGGGCAGGGCCAAGGGCUAUUUUCUGUGGGCGGUGACAGGCUUAGGGCCCCACCCAUCCUGGCGCCAUCUUUGAUGUGGGCGGCCAAGAUUGGCUGUGCAGACGUUAUCCUGAUUGGUUGGUGCAGAUUGGUUGGUGCAGUCUCUGGGCUGUGACCAUUUGGAGGAGGUGCCCCCCCCCCCACCUUGGCGCCAUCCUUGAUAAGGGCAGCUGGGGCUUGUGCGCAGGCGUGGUCUUGGCUGGCUAGCCAAAAGGGUGGGUCUUAGGGCAGUGGUGCGCGUGUUCUUGGUGGCGAUUGAAGGCUGCGAGGUCCUGCUUCCUCGCACUUUCUUUGCUGGUCACGGGUCUGGCCGCAGAUGCUUGCCGCAGACGCUUGCCGCAGCGUGUCACCCUGACUGGCGUGGGGUCUGAACUCUGACGUGUGAGACUGGACAAGGCUCUGCGACACUGAGAGAUUGAUUUGCACACCCAUUGGCAUAGCCUCAUUGGGAAAAGGCUGAGAUUACAGCCCAGGGUACAACAUAUACCUCAGGGAGCAGUAUUGGUGGCUCUUCCAUUCUGCGAGGGAAAGCUGUUCUUCCUGGUCUGACUACAUUUCUGUCACUGUAGGAGCUCUACCCGACUGGCAAGAGGAGGAGGGCCUAGGUCCACACGCUAGGUGGCUGCUGUCCAGGCGCCUGGCGUUUUGACUUUGUUCCUGUGGAUUGCUGCUUGUCCUGACGUUCCAGAGAGGCUCCUGUUCCUGAAACAGCCCGGGCCGCGCGCCGAGGAGGAGAUCAUUGCGCUCUCGGUCCUCGAGCAGAACUGACUGUCCUCCCAGAGCCGGUCGAGCCCCGGGCGCCGGCGAGGAGGCCGGGGUUCUGCGAGGCGCUCGUCAGCCUGUGGGAGCGGCACGCAGAGAUGUACGAGCCUGAAGACGAUAACAGCAGUGACAGCCACAGUGAGAGCAGCAUGAGCCGCAGGGCCGCAGAGUCGCCGCCGCGCUCCGCCCACUCCUUCUCCAGGGACCGGGACCGGGACUGGGACCAGGACUGGGACCGGGACCGAGACCGGGACUGGGACCGAGACUGGGAGCGAGACGGAGAGUGGAACCAGGACCACCGGAGGGGCAGGAGCCGGGACCUGGAGGCCCGUGACCGCUGGCCGUAUGCCAGGACCCCCAGAAGCAGAUUUCCUCAACAGGACCUUUCCCUUCCCCUGAUGGAGAGAAAGGCGUCUGCGAAGGGAAGGGAGCACAAACACAGAGACUCCGCGGUGGGCUACGAGCCGAGGUCCCAGGACACGGUGUCGUACCAGGACGUGGGGGACCUCGCCGAGGACCGGAAGCUGCAGAACCCGAUUCAGGACAACAUGGAGAACUACCGGAAGCUGCUCUCGCUGGGGGUUCAGCUUGCCGAAGACGAUGGCCACUCGCACAUGACCCAGGGCCACUCGUCGAGGUCAAGGAGAAGCGCCUACCCGAGCACCAGCCGAGGUCUGAAGACGCUGCCUGAAACCAAAAAGCCGGCGCAUCGGCGCGGGAUCUGUGAGGACGAGUCCUCGCAUGGGGUGAUCAUGGAGAAGUUCAUCAAGGACGUGGCGCGCAGCUCCAGGUCGGGAAGGGCCAGGGAGCCCAGCGAUCGGCCGCAGAGGCUCCCCCGCAGGCCGGAUGGUGGCUGGAAGGAGGUGUCGGUCAGCAAGAGGGAGGCGGUGAUCCAGGAGCGGGCUUGCGAGGGUGGGGCCCUGGGGGGAGGGGGCUUUCCCUGUAACGCAAGCCUGGUGUCCAAGAAGAGAGUUCUCGAAAGAAAGCGGCGCUAUCCCUUUGAUGCGGACGGGAAGGGCUCCGUGCACGAUCAGAGGGGCUGUGCGAGGAAGCGGCCCUUCGAGUGCGGCGAGGUGAGAAAGGCCGCGAGCGUGAGCAGCCUCAGCGCGCCGCCCCUGCCGGGCUCGCCGCCGCUGGUCCUCGGGGCGAUGCCCUACGUGUGUGACGAGUGCGGGCGGUCCUUCGGCGUGAUUUCCGAGUUUGUCGAGCAUCAGAUCAUGCACACCAGGGAGAGCCUGUACGAGUACGGCGAGUCCUUCAUCCACAGCGUGGCCAUCAGCGAGGUGCAGAGAAGCCAGGCGGGUGGGAAGCGCUUCGAGUGCAAGGAGUGCGGCGAAACCUUCAACCGGAGCGCCGCUCUGGCUGAGCACCGCAAGACCCACGCUCGGGAGAAUCUGGCCGAGGGUCAGGCCGAGGCGUGCGAGGAGCCCUUCCUGCCCAGCCCGACCUUCAGCGAGCUCCAGAAGAUCUACGGGAAGGAGAAGUUCUACGAGUGCAAGGUGUGCAAGGAAACCUUCCUCCACAGCUCGGCGCUGGUGGACCACCAGAAGACCCACGGCCGGGAGGCCCGAGCCGGCGAGCGGGCGGACGCCUUUCAGCCCAGCCCGGCGCCCAGCGAGCUGCCCCGGCUGUACGGCCGAGAGAAGCUGUACGAGUGCAGGGUGUGUGGCGAGACCUUCCACCACAGCGCCGCCCUGAGGGAGCACCAGCAGGUCCACGCCCGGGGCCACCCGCCGGAAAGCCGGGGCAGAGCCUGCGAGGAGACCUUCGUGCCCGGCCAGUCCCUGAGGAGACGCCAGAAGACGUACCCGAAAGAGAAGCUCUACGACUUUGCAGCCGCCGGGGAGGCCUUCAGGCAGGGCUCCCACCUCCUCGAGCCGCAGAAGAUCCGCUCUCGGAGGGAGCUCUUCGAAGGCCGGGGGUACGACAAGUCUGCCGUGCACGGCGUGCCCUUCCCCGAGUCGCAGAAGAGUCACACCAUAGCCAGACCCCCCGAGAACGAGGAGGACGAGAGGGCCUUCACCGUCAGCUGCAGCCCCGCCAGCAGCCGGGAGGCCGCGGCCAGCGAGAGGUCUGUUCUUCGCAGCUCGGCCUUUGCCGCGGCUCAGAGAAGCCACAGUGCCGCGGGGCCCAGCAGGCCGCGGGGCUCCGCGGAGUCGACUGUCCACAGCUCAGGUGUCAUCGCGCGGCGGCAAGUGCCGUCUGGAGAGAGCAGCUUGGAGAGGAGGAGGCUCGAGAGCUCCGUCAUCCACAGCCUGGCUGCGCUCAAGCCUCCCAGAGGUCGCGGGGGCAGGGAGCUGCUUGGAAGCGGCGAGAAGGGGGCGCCCUCCACCUACCUCGUGGGCCUGCGUGAGCAGCAGAGAGCUCCCGCCAGGGAGGGCCCUCACGAGGGCGGCGCGGAGGACAUCUCCCAGGGCUCCGGCGCCCGCAGCGCGUCCCAGGCCGAAGCGCAGAAGGGCCCUUCCGGAGAGGGUCCCAGCGGUGUCAAGACGGCCGGUGAGGCCUCUAUUCCCGGCUCCGGCGUGCGCGAGCACCAGAAGGCUCGCGCCAAGAAGAAGAACAUUGAGCACAGGAACUACGACGCCUCCGUGACCCACUCCCUGCGCUUUGGUCAGCCUCUCACGUUUCGCCCUAGAGAGAAAUUUUAUGAAUGUCCAGAGUGUGGCGAGUCCUUUGCGCGUAGCUCCGAUCUCACGGAGCAUCAGAAGAUUCACGACAGAAAGAAGCCCUCUGGAGGGAAAAACUACAUUCGGUCUGUCAUCCGCAGCUUAGCUUCUGCUGACCCUCAGACCAGUUAUGCAGGCUGGGCAGCUCAGGCCAGUUUCGCUGAGCCGCAGCCUCAGACCAGUUACUCUGAGCCGCAGCCUCAGACCAGUUACGCUGAGCCGCAGCCUCAGACCAGUUACGCCGAGCCGCAGCCUCAGACCAGUUACGCUGAAGCCCCAGCUCAGGCCAGGUUCGCUGAGCCGCCCGUGCGUAGCGAGUGUAAGGAGUGUGGGGAGUACUUCGCCACCCUUGAGGACCUGGGUGCCCAUCAGAAAAUCUAUGCCCGAGAGAAGCUCCACGUGGGGAAGCUGUUCGGCGGCUCCGUUGUGCAGAGCGCAGGCGGCGCGGGGCCGCAGCAGGACGAGCUGGACGAGCUGGACGAGGCCGAAGACUCCAUCUACGGCUGCAAGGACUGCGGGCUGGGCUUCGCGGACCGCGCAGACCUGAGGGACCACCAGAAGGUGCACGGCCGCGAGUACCUCAUCGACAGCCGCGAGUACACGCACUCGGUGGUGCAUACGCACUCAGUGAGCGAGUACCAGAAGGACUACACGGGCGAGCAGCUCUACGAGUGCCCCGCCUGCGGCGAGUCGUUCGUGCACAGCUCCUUCCUCUUCGAGCAUCAGAAAGUCCACGAGCAAGACCAGUUUUACGGCCAGCGGAGGUACGAGGAGCCCUUCCUGCAGCCCCUGGUCAUCAGCCCACGGGGGCCGCGGGCCCCGCAGAAGAGCCCUGCGGGCACGUCCCUGCUGUGCCAGGUGUGCGGGCGGGACUUCAUCCACGGCUCCGUGCUCAGCGAGCACAUGCGCGUCCACGCCGGCGAGAACCUGCUGGAGCACGGCCAGAGGGCCGAGGCCGCGGGCGGCCCCAGCGCGGCCCCUGCGGCGCCGCCCAGGGAUGAGGCCGAGGAGAAGCGCUACGCGUGCGAGACGUGCGGCGAGUCCUUCCGCAGCCAGGCCGACCUCCGCGAGCACAUGCGCACCCACGAGAAGGAGGAGCCCUACGACUACGGGGCCACCUUCGUGCACACGUCCUUCCUCACCGAGCCCCCCAAGAGGGACUCGCCCUUCUACGAGUGCAAGGACUGCGGCAAGUCGUUCAUCCACAACACGGUCCUCACCAAGCACCAGAAGCUCCACCUCGAGGAGGAGGAGGCGGCCGCCGCCGCGGCCCAGGAAAUGGAAGCCAACGUCCUGGUCCCGCGGGAGGUUCUGCGCAUCCAGGGCUCCAACGUGGAGGCCGCGGAGCCCGAGGUGGAGGCCGCCGAGCCGGAGGUGGAGGCCGCCGAGCCGAACGUGGAGGCCGCCGAGCCCAAUGGGGAGGCCGAGGGGCCCGAGGGCGAGGCCGCGGAGCCCAACGGCGAGGCCGAGCAGCCCAACGCGGAGGCCGAGCAACCCAACGGCGACGCCGACGAGCCGGAUGGUGCAGGCAUCGAAGACCCGGAGGAGAGGGCGGAAGAGCCUGAGGCAGACGCGGACGAGCCAGACGGCCUCGGGGUGGAGGACCCGGAGGAGGAGGGCGAGGACCAGGAGAUCCAGGUGGAGGCGCCCUACUACGGCUGCGGGGAGUGUGCGGAGACCUUCACCUCCAGCUCGGCCUACGGCGAGCACCUGAAGAGCCACGCCAGGGUGAUGACCUUCGAGCCCGGCAGCGUCUGCGGGGAGAACUCCCAUCCCACCGAGCAAGCCAGCACCAGCGGCAGCGGAAGGGCCGACGACAAGUACUUCAAGUGCGACGUCUGCGGCCAGGUCUUCAGCGACCGCCUGUCCCUGGCCAGGCACCAGAAUACCCACACGGGUUGAGGGCGCAGGGGUCGAGGUUGGAGGCCCUUCAUUCAGGACCGGACCCUUCCUAGACCGCAGAGAACUGGAACCCACCCCCCGUGAUGGCAGAAGGAAACCCCUAGGCCUGUACACAUCUGACUUUGUGAAUCCGACGGCUCGGCCUGGCCGGGAGCGGGAGGUACAGGCCCCUUCGGUCCCAGCACUUCCCCGUCCGAUGGCGCCUGCGCGCGGGGGAGCCCAGCACACACCUCCCUUCCCCAGUCCUCCCACGAUGGAAAGCGCCAGGGGGUUCCGAGGCUACAGGAACUGCCCCAUCAGCUGUAAAUGACCCUCUCGUCACCUAGAGGUCGUAAUUCCUGAGGUGUAUGUAAAAUAGCACAUCAUAGCCGACAGGAUCGCAUGUAUUUGGAUUCACUGUGGUACCGGUAACGGCUCACGUGCAGAGGUACCUUGCCCGGUACUCUUGGAAUUUUUUUUUUUUUUUUCUGGAGGAGGAAGAGAGCAACAAAUUAGAAUAUAUUUGUACGCAUCUUAGAUCCUUAGAAAGAUUUAUCGUGCAUUUAUGACCCCCCCACCGCCCCCGUCAGUAUCGUUUUGAGUGAUUGUGUUGUGCCUCACUAACUAUUCCUCUGAAGGUGUAGCCAUGAAAGAUAAGCCAUCUUUCGUGCUUUGCUGUCUGAAAAGGAAGUGCUUGAAGCUUCCUUUCCAGCCGUUCCGUCUACACCGACGCCUUGGAACCUAACCCUGUGUAUACGCCUUUGCAGUGUGUGGAUUGGCCUUUUGUGACCCCAGAUUCAGUGGUUGCCACCCACCUUGUCGCCUGCAGUGGUUCUCGUGCAAAAAUAUUACAAGUUUUUUCUUUUUUUUUUUGAAACCAGCUUGGUGUGUGUUUGAGAGUGAAUUCACAAAAGCCGAAGCUUUUCCCUGUAAAUCUUACGUCUUUGCCUUUAAAGAGUGGGUUGCAACCAUCACUAGAUCACAAGUGUGCCUGAUGAAGGUUGAGAACCACAGGGGAGGCUCCCACCUUGUAAAUAAGGACGCAGGCGCCGACUCCGUCACUUCCUUUGUGUGCUUCCUGCCUUAAGUGACAAGUAGCAACGUGGCUCCGUCCAUCCGUCUGUGUUGCCACAAGUCCGUUUGCACCCUGGGCGCCCAGGAGCUAGUAUCCUUAAAGCUUUGUACCGUGAAACUCCAUUCUCGUCUUCACCUCGACCCUGUGUCUAACUUACAUUUAAAAAAAAAAAAAAAGAAGAAGAUGUUCUUGACAGCCAACUCGAGCUUCACAUGGACUCAGGUUCCCCAGCAGCCUUAAUUUGUUCUGUUGCCGCCGGGCCCUUCCUCCCAGCUGUCCUCUUGUCUGUCUGGUGGCCUCAGUUUCCCCUGUGAUCACAAGCUGACCUCGUGGCUCGCGGUUUCCUGGGUCGUGCUCUGUGGGCCUCCCCUGCUCCUUUUGCUUCCCCGUCCCUCACAUAAUGACUAUUUAAGAAGUUUUUUGGCUUUGAGUUGGCUGGAAAAAAAAUUUAAAAACUAAAAAAAAUUAAAAAAAAAACUUAAAGCAACAAAAAAGAGGAUCUUGGAGAUUAAGAGAGCGAAAGGUAAGAGCAGGUAAUUUGGGCAAGCAAAAUUAAAACCCCUGCUGGGGAAAUGUGUCUGAAUCUCACUCUCCUGGACCCUCCCAGCAAGGGCUCGGGAGGGCGUGUGGGAGCUGGAGGGGGUGCCAGAGUCACGGAGGCUGUGGGCCGAGAUCGGGAAGCAGGAGGGAGGAAGCCGAAGCUGGCCGUCCUGCUAGGCCGCCAGACCCAGGAGGGUGAGGAAGCAGACAGGAGAGACAGCAGAAGCAGGGACCAGAAGGCCAGGGGGUGGGAACGACCGGGCAAGAGCUCGGGCAGGUUGGAAGAAGGGGCCUUGUUGGUGGCACAGCGUGAGUGAGGGCCAGCGGCAUAAAAAGACCUGCGGUUGGAACCCACACCCAGGGGACGCAGGGACCGGGAAACGGAGCCCGCGCUGGCGUCGGCCGGAUGAGCCCGGGUGCAUCGCCCUUGGAAGCACGUGGUAGCAGACCCUUUUCAGAAAGCAGCUUGCCAAACAUCAGGGUGUCUGUUCCAACCUUAGGUUAGUGAAAAUUAGGAACAACGUCUAAAUGCCAAAAAUAGGAAAACAGUUAAGAGAACAUGUCUGUGGAAUCGUACGCAGCUGCUUAAAAAUGAUAAUCAUGAAGAGUUAUGUAGCAAUGUGGAAAUAUAUUUACGGAAUACUGAGUGGAAGAAACAGGACGCAGAAUUAUAUUUAUACUACAGCUAUACCUGUUUAAAAAUGUAUGCUUAUAGUCAAAAGCCGUUGUGGUGGUGUUGUUGUAGUUGCUUAUAGCUGAGCAUUAUUUUCUUAAAUUCCUUGAACGUUCCAUAUGGUAGCGUUACUAAAAAGUCUGUCAUCACUUUUCCAUUGUGAACAUAAUUUGGAAAAUACAGAACAGUGGAGGAAAAAAAAAAUCCAUCUACUCACCAUCCAAAGACAGGUAUACUCCUCAGCAUAUGGUUUAUUCUCGUUUCUGUGCACAGGUUUAUGAUCCUAACUGUGUCAGCUGUGUAUUCAAAUAGCUGUUACUUUCGUGGAAUUACAAUUAAACACGCUCAUCCUCACCGUUUCAGAUGUUCCUUAUAACGGUGUCCUGAUGACAAGGUUGAUUAUGUGUGUUUCCAUUACAAACAUAACACACACCCAGAGGAAAAAUUGGAAAAUUCAAAAUAAAUGAGAGAAGGAAAAAAAGGUCACCCAUAUUCCCAGCACCUAACAACUGCCACAAACAUCUUGCUGUGUUUCCUCCAUCUCGUUUCAGUGCACAAGCUUGUGAUUAUGACAGUGUAAAGUAUGUGUGCAUACAGCCUCAAAUUAAAAACAUGCAGAAAAUAAUUAAAAGUGUUGUCAUUGUGGGAGUAUGGUUAACUAUUUUGUCUCAAAUUCCUUGAAUGAUCCUAGGUGUUUGGUAUUCAAUCUUAACAUAUGUAUUUUUCCAUUCCAAGUACAAUACAUACUCAUGGCAAACUUUGGGGAGAUUUCAGGAAAGUGGAAGAAAAGAAAUGCACCCAGGCUCCUGGCACCUGUCGCCAUUCCUGUUCACACCUCGAACCUGUGCACGGUCUGGCUGUUGGGCUGUUUAGGACGAGUACGUGGUGUGUCAAAGACGGGAAGAAACAUGGAAAACAGCUGAGAAAUGGUUGUGUGGUUGUUGUGGGUUUAUGGUCAAGUAUUUUGUCCCGGCUUUCUGGAACGGUCUUCAUCUGAGUGUUUUGGUGACCUACCUUUAUUCCAUGUAUUUCCAUUAUAACCCCAGUAUGUGUUCAUCAUAGAAACUUGGAAGUUACAGAAACGUAGAAGAGAGACUCACCCAUAUUGUCAUCCAAAGGCUGUGGUUAACAUGCCGAUACAAUUUUUUCAUCUUGUUUCUGUGCACAGGCUUUUGGUUUGUUAAUAUGGUUGUGGUCGUUCUAUCUAUCUGUAAUAGUGUCACCAAUAAAAAUAAAGUUAAAAAUAA